AUGGCAGAGACCGUAGAGCUACAUCCACCUCCCGGGGCCUCCUCCUCCACCUCCACCUCCUCCGCCACCUCCGCCUCCGCCUCCGCCCUGCCCUACGAGGAGUACGAGUGCAAGAUCUGCUACAACUACUUCGACCUGGACCGACGCGCGCCCAAGAUCCUGGAAUGUCUGCACACGUUCUGCGAGGAGUGCCUCCACACGCUGCACCUACGGGAGGAGAGGCCGUGGCGUGUGAGCUGCCCCGUCUGCAGGCACCGGACCCCCGUGCCGGACUACCGCAUCCAGAACCUCCCCAACAACACCAAAGUCACGGAGGAUUUCCCCCUGUACAUAGACUCGGACCCACUGCCUCAGGACGCGCUGCCCCCGUACCCACCCCCGUUACACCCGGCCCUGGUGGCUCUUCGCCGGGGGGACGAGGGAGCAUCCUCCGGUGUCAGCCACAGCCACAACUCUGCCUCCACCACCGGGUCCACGGCCACGACCCUCUCCCAGGACUCGGCGCGCUACGACAGCUGCCAGAGUUGCAAACGCGUGGCUCUGACCACCGGGUGUGUGUGCGUCAUCUUCUCCUUCCUGUCCAUGCUGGUGCUCCUCUUCAUGGGCCUCAUCUUCGUGCACAGCCACAGCGUCCCUCCCUCCCCCGCGGGCCCCAUCUGCCUCUCCGUGGCCAGCAUCCUCGCCAUGUUCUCGGUGGUGGUGACGUGGCUCAUCUGCUGGCUCAAGUACAGACCUGACCACGAGGCUGGACGCGCGUCUGCCACCGGUAACUCCCGUAGGAACGCCUAG